AUGGUCGAUGAUGGAGAUCAGGUAGUGUGUGUGCGCGUCAUUGAGAAUCCCAUUCGUCCAGGGGAAAAGUCCUACCAGGAGGAAGCGAAGAAGCUGUUGCAGACCAUUCAAUCCAAGAACGAGCAGAAUAGAGCUAUCAGCAUUAUUCUCGAGUGGGCCGUUGGGAAACUGCAUUCUACUUUUCAGAAAUUACUUCAUCUCCACCAACCCUCGAUGCUCGUUGUCGGCACAAAGGGCAGGUCCCUUGGCGGAAUCCAGGGCCUGAUGAACACACGCAACUCCUUUUCAAAAUACUGCCUCCAAUACAGCCCUGUCCCCGUGGUCGUUGUUCGACCAGACGACAAGCGACUCAAAAAGAAGGAGAAACGUACCCACGACCCGAACCGACAGAGCUAUGCCGCCAUGCUGGCAUACAACGACGGAAAACACGAAGCCGACAGUGACGCAAGCAGUCUCUACGAGAUGGAAAAGAAUAUUUCUCCGGAUGAAGAGGCACACCGAGUGGCUGCCGCGAUUGGGUUGCCAGCAGCGUUCGAUCCGACCAUUAAGCCGUACGAGCCCAACAAGCCUCGCAACCGACGAACAUCUCUGCCCUCCACUCCUUCUCCCACAGCAGCCGGGACGAGCUCCGUGUCUCUGUCGCGAUCGACGCAAGCAAACGAGAGUGGCGACGAAGACACGGCCGAGGAAGAAGAUGAGUACGAGAUUGAGGCGGUCUCGGGCGACCAACUUCUAGCAGCAGAUGGACGGAAGAAAUUAGCACUUGAAAGAGAACAGAAGAAGCGACUCCACGCUAUGGAAGUAGGAGAAGCCGCUGCCCUGCUCAAGUCAGGGCAGUCAGGAAAAUCGCGGGAUUCAGACGAUGAAGAUGAGGAGGAUGAUACCCUGGGGCGAACGAGCGACAAGGCCAAGCAAUGA